UCAAAUUUUAGAAACGUCAUUGGCCUAUGGGCAGUUAUGGGUUAAUAAAUUUUUAAGAAGAAGAAUUAUUUCCCAUCCUUCUAUGGCAUCCUUCUCCCAUCAAUCCUGAUUUUAUAAAAUGAUUCGUUUAACACGACUGCUCAAUUUAGGAGGCAGGCAGUUCUCUACUCUUGCAGAAAAUGCAUCCUUACCAGAGUUAGAUAAGCUAUACAAAACUUUAGAACUGGAAGUUCGAGGUAAUGAUCCUGCAGUUCUUAAGAGUUUUUGUAAAUUUGCUACUACAGCCGGAAAUCAUUUUGGACUGGAAUCUAAAACGUGGAAUUUAAAAAAACCUGUACAUGAGAGAUAUACGGUUUUAAAAUCGGUACAUAUUUAUAAGAAACACAGGGUUCAGUAUGAAGUAAGAACGUAUUUUGCCUUUGUACAAUAUAAUUUGCUAACGGGUUCCACAGCUGACACUCUUCUAGAAUAUGUAGAAAGGAAUUUGCCUGAAGGGGUUGCUUUAAAAGCUACAAAAGUUGAAAUACAAGAACUUCCAGAACAUAUUAGUUGAUUUAAAAGAAAUUGUUAUAGUUAAUUUUAAUAUAUAGUUAAGAAAACUUGUGUUUACUAUUCUA